AGGAUCUUCUUCCUGCUUCAGCAUUUCAGCUCAGUCCUCCAUCAUUCUGUGAUCCCAGACUCUACCUGCACAGCAUGUCGUGGCAGGCCUACAUCGACAACCUGCAGACGCCCGACCAGAGCGGCAUGGUUCCGGUCAAGGAUGCAGCCAUCUGUGGAAUCGCACCUGGACAGCAGAGUGUGUGGGUCAGCACACCGGGCCUGUCGGGUAUCACG